ACGUGGCCUUCGUUGCCUUCAGAGCACGCUUGGCGUCUUCGUAGGUUGCCAUCGUGUCCAUGACGUCCCGUUUCAUGGCAGACCAUCUCGGGAAGAUUGUCGUUUUGUGUGUCGUCUUGCUGGUCCUUGUGGUCAUCAUCCUCUUGCACCUGUCUGGUUUGCUGCGCGGCCGUGCAAGGACAAAAAAGCGGAGGUUGCCGAACACGACAUCGCAUAGGAAGACGACAGCAAUCAUGGCAGGCGCGAACGGCCAUGAGAGGUACACGUACGGCAUGGGAGCAGGGUCGAUGUUCGGUGAUGGGAACGAAGCCCCACUCCGGUUCGACCCCAGUCUUUACGCCCAUCUGCCACCCCAUCAGCAGUCGUUGCCUGAUGACGACACUUGGGCGCCCCCCUCUGCCACGUUGCCAUUAGCGUACGGAUCCACGCAGUCAAUGUCGGAGGGUGCACGAACAGUGAUGCGGGGUGCUGCCAGCGAAGGAGCGAUGGAAUCGCUCCUCUAUUCUGAUGAUAGACAUGGGAUUUGCCCGCCGUUGGAUCUUCAAUUAUCCUCUGGGGGCCAGAGAGCAGUCACGCACACUGUUCUCAUCGAUCACCCCAGCCAAUCCACCGGUGACCCAUCGGUCAGUGUGCAGGGAGGUCGCAGCAGUCGCAGUCAUGCGAGCUAUGCAGGACCGGCUACGACUAUGUACAAAGGCGGUUGUGGCCAGCAGUCAAAGUUUAGUCUAGCAGUCGGGCGUCCAUCAGGUGCGGCUGCGGGGGUGCAACGGACCGGGCGAUCAGCGAGCUUGCCAUCAACGACGUGCUGUGUGGAGAGAAUCAUUGCUCGAGUUUCGACGAUGCGGGCAACGAGUGACUGGGAGCGUGAAGCAGAGGGUGACGACUACGGAGAUGGUGCGGGCGAUGGAGACGACAUGGAUGACGUGGAAGGCGACACAGCCGACGAGCCAUCCUUGCAACCCGGUGCUCGAAACACAGGAGGUGGAGCACGAACUGGGGCCGGGAGGGGUAGAGGAAAGGGAAACGCGAGGGUGGUCAGUGCGGAUGGAGGAGGCGGGACAAGUGUCGGCCGCACCUAUUGGAGUCUGGACGAGUCCCUUGUCCUGGUGCGGUGCAAGAGGGAUUACGACGAGGCGAUGGCAGCCGUAGGGUCUAAUUUUGCUAUAAUGAAAAACAAGGAAUGGAAGUGGACGGACAUCGCCAAAAGGAUGUCCACACAAGGGGUGGUGAAGGAGUGGGAUGUGUGCAUGAAGCGUUGGGAGAAUGUGAUUGGGUGGUGAUAGUGCACGAGGGGGGUGGAAUGGUUGGAUCGAGGGGGUUUCAUUCUAGGGUUGGUGGGGCGGCGGGGGGGGUGUGAUGGCUUUCACAUCUCGCGAGUCCGGGGAAUUUGGUGCAAACACAUUGUAAGUGUCGACCGGAUAGAGUUCAGUUAAACAAACCGUCAACUGCACA